CCCUGCCAAAGGCCCUGCACGGGAAGCCUUGUGGCCAGUGAGUGGAACACAGCCGUGGAGUUGGAUGCAGCUGUGAAGCUGAAUGUGGAGGACGAUGAUGAGUCGGUCAAGCCCGGGAAGGAGCCCGAGACAUCGGCAGAACCACAGCAGCUGACAGAUCGUUUGGCAAUGGGGUGGUAUUUGGCCACGACCGUCGUCUACUUCGUGUACAGAAGUCAGGAACUGUCCAUCUUCACUCCUCAUGCCUACACCGUCCGCCCGAUUGACGCCAUCGGCCUGCUCUUCGUCUGCUCCUUCUUGGUCACACGGAAGCCGAGCUACCUGAUCUACGCCAUCAACCCCUUUCGCAAUGCUGUGCUGGUUGCGCUGCAGGAGAUGUUCCCUCUCCUGUCUGAGACACGCGUUAACCCGGAGUAUUAUCGGAACAUUGCCUCGGCCAGUGUGCAGCUCCUGUGUGGGCUGGCAAUUCUGGCAUUUACGAAACCUCAGCCCAUCGGCUCUGGCAAGAGCUGGGCGCUCCAGGUCCCCUGCUUGGAUGCUGCAUGCUGCUUGCCACAUCGGUCUCGUUGGCAGAAGGGCGUUGCUUGGACGGUGAACAUCCUGCUGCUGGUGACGGCCAUCGCAGCAACGGCCAUUGCUUUGGAGAAGCAAAGCGAGGGCUUCACCAAUUUCAUGUCUGAGGACCACGGUCUCAAGAUCAUCUUCUCUGUCUUGUUGGGAAUCAGUGAAGAGGUCUCCUGGCGCGAGGUGUACAUGGCCGACAACAACAAUUCUUUGCAGGCCUUCACCUGGGGCAUGAAUCACGUCGUGGCAGGCACUGGCAUGGACAAUCCGUUGGUGUAUGGCCUUGUAAGUGGGAGUUACGCCUUCCUUCUUGGAAUCACGGAUUUCAGAUCUCUGCGAUAUUUCCAUCAUGCCGCCGUCGAGUACUUUGUCAUCGAAGCUCGGAAGUGA